CAAUUAAAAGAAACCCAUAAUGUGGGAUUACACGCGACAUGUGUUAAUUAAACCUGGAGGAUGCUGAGCUGUCUCGAUCCACGAAUCCACCGAAAAUAACGCAGUCUCAGAUCUCCUGUGUGUACACCGUGUGCAUGAACUGGCAUUAGCGGGUUUACCAGCCUCACAGACGUACAGACAGAGGGGAGGGGGGCAUCCGAGUGUGCGGGGUAGAGCUGUACAGUAAACAAUUCUGGUACGCUUGCAAUGAUGCUACACAUCAGAGCUGCAUGCUAGUGCAGACGUCGCAUGCCGCAUGUGCACGCCUGUCAGUGGAGCCUGCCCGGGUGCACACAACCAUACAGCCUGGACCAGGAGGAAAACAAGCUAAUUUGGGCUCUCCUCGAGGGCGCGAGGGUGCAUGAUGAGAGAGAGGAGAGAACCGCUGCUAUCAUGAACGAAUGUAAAAUAUACCACAGAUUUUAAACAGACGUUGGUGGAUUAGAAAUAAAACAAGCAACUGGCCGAGCAAUGGAGAGCCAGGCGGCGAUGGAGCAGCAGAGCUACGAGGACGUGCGGAAAAGCGGGUAUCUCCGCAAGCAGAAAUCUAUGCACCGGCGCUUUUUCGUUCUCCGGGCUGCUUCGGAGCAGGGCCCGGCCAGACUCGAAUAUUACGAGAACGAAAAGAAAUUCCGAAGCAAGUCACCAGUCCCAAAGAAAGCAGUGAACCUGGACUCUUGCUUCAACAUCAACAAACGGGCAGAUUCAAAAAACAAGCACAUGAUAGUGCUGUACACCCGCGGGGAGAGCUUUGCCAUAGCCGCGGACACCGAGGAGGUCCAAAACGAAUGGUACCAGGCCAUGCUGGAUCUACAGUGUAAAUGUAAGACUCCUGAUGAGUGCGGCAGUGGAGGAGACUGUGGACUACCUUCCCCGGGCCCUGCCUUUAAGGAGGUCUGGCAGGUUAAAGUCUGGCCAAAAGGUUUGGGCCAGGCCAGGAAUCUAAUUGGAAUAUACAGACUUUGCUUGACGGACAAAACAGUCAAUUUUGUAAAACUCAACUCUGAUGUUGCAGCUGUGGUCCUCCAGUUGAUGAAUGUGCGACGCUGUGGCCACUCAGAGAACUUUUUUUUUAUUGAAGUGGGUCGUUCUGCCAUGACAGGCCCUGGUGAAUUCUGGAUGCAAGUAGAGGAUUCAGUGGUGGCACAGAAUAUGCAUGAGACUCUUCUUGAGGCCAUGAAGGCCCUGAGCGAAGAGUUUCGGCAAAGAAGCAAAUCUCAGACUGUUGGGGUGAGCUGUGGAGGAGGAACUGCCUCUAACCCAAUCAGUGUACCGUCUAGACGACACCAUCCUAAUCUACCACCUUCACAGGUUGGCUUUUCCAGACGUGCUAGAACAGAAACACCUGGUGUCCACAACACUAACACUUCCCCAACUCCACGGCAUGGUUUCUCUAGGUCAAGGACAGCCAGCAUUGGGGCUCGAACAGAGGAUGGAGGGGGCAGAGCAACAGCACUCAGCACGAGUCCUAGUCUCAAUGGGUCAUCCUGCUCAACCACCCCAACCCUGAGACCUAAACCAACACGAGCACCCACUCCAGCAAAGAUCACUCUUAGCCUAGCACGAUAUACACCAAACCCUGCACCUUCCCCAGCACCCAGUCUCUCAUCCAGCUCUGGUCAUGGGUCCGAGUGUGGGUUGGGUGGAGCCACCUUUGGAGCAGUCCCCAUCUGCACCUAUGCUCGAAUUCCUCAGAGAGUGUCUAUGUCAGGAUCACCCAGUGAUUAUGGUUCCUCAGAUGAGUAUGGAUCCAGCCCUGGAGAGCACUCUCUGCUAGCUGCUGGACUCCCUGCUGCCCUUGUUGAAGGUGGAGCUAGUUACAUCCUAAUGGGUCACAGAGAAGGCUCUCACAAACGUGUUCAUGGACGAAGAGUCCUUCGCCGUUCAUCUAGCCGUGAGUGUGAAGUUGAGCGCAGGCUGCUCAGCAAGCGUGCUUCCUUACCGCCCACUUCUACCCAGGGUUUGGUCCCCCGCCGAAGGGAGGAGGAAGAAGAGGAUGAAGAAGAGUAUGCAGUCAUGUCACGCAGUGCAAGUAGGGAAUCUUUCACAUCACGCAGAGGUUCAGGAGGUUCAGCAACAACAUCAUUGGUGCAGGAAAACUCUGCAGAUAAAGGUGUGAGUACAAAAGGGGGUCCUGAAGACUCCUCAAUUGACAGUGGUUACAUGUCCAUGUUACCAGGCGUUACAGCUCCUCCUGCUUCAUUAUCACUAGCAGUUUCUGGUUCAGAUGCAGUGCCAAAGGGUGGAGAUGAAUACAUGGCCAUGACCCCCAAUAAUAGUGUCUCUCCCCCUCAGCACAUUCGUCUACCAAUCAGUGAAGGUUACAUGAUGAUGUCUCCUAACAGUAGCUGUUCACCGGACUUGCACGGCAUGAGUGGAUGCAUAUGGGGCAGCAGAGGCAGCAUGGAGAGUCGAGCAGGCAGCGACUACAUGAACAUGUCACCUAUAAGUGCCAGGUCAGCUUGCAGUACUCCUCCAUCACACCCAGAGCAACAGCCACUGCAGCCAAAGAUGGUCUAUUCAUAUUUUUCACUACCACGUUCCUACAAACACGCCACUCUCUCUGCCCGUUUUGAGGAUAAUCUGGAGAGGGUUUGCAUGGGAAGAGGUGAAGCUGCAGGAAAAACUGGACAUAGUGCUUAUGAUUGUGGAGGAGACACACCUGUGGGCUCAGGUGGCGGUGGACAACUUUCUCUGUCCUCAUCUUCUUUUUCCUCCAGUUCAGCUAGCAGUGAAAGCCUUGAAGACAGAUCGUUGUCUCUUUCUGUCGGUGGAGUGGGACGAGCAGCUAGGCUGAGCACAGGACACAGGGUACGGGGAGCUCACCCCAAAAUUACAUCCCAACACCAUCACCAGCAGAGUUGUGGGCGAGGGGUUCCGAAACAGGGUCAUUUACAGACAAGGAAAGACAAAUCAUCCAGCUAUUUUGUGGAUAUGUCCAAAGCCAAUACUCUGCCGAGAGUCAGGGAGACUUUGCUCCCAACGGCAUCUCAGAGCCCUGGAGAGUAUGUGAGCAUUGUUUAUCAGGGUGAACGAGGAGGACAUAAGGGGAGAACUGCAGUGGAGUCAGGAAACUCCAGGACACAAGGACAUCAGAGAGCCUUUCACCGACCGCAGCCAUGUCAAGGUGGAUCUGCCAACCUUCCACGGAGCUUCUCAGCACCUCUUGCAACUUCCAUCUCAUUGUCCUCUGAAUAUGUGAACAUGGACUUGGGUAGCUCACCCUCUUCUCUCACUCCCCUCUCUUCUUUUAAACCUGCCCCAAAGGUUAGAGAUGAGAUCAGCAGAGUUCCUCUAGUAGAACAGGAGGUUGAUAUGGGACUCAGGAAGAGCAAAGUAACAGGCUUGACACCCAAAGAUGUGGCUGCUGCCCCUUUUACUGACUAUACUGAGAUGAAAUUUGGCUUGGGGGGAGAUUCAACAUCUAAAUCCCCAAAACCUGGCCAAACACCCCUGCCAUCCUCCAUGGAGCAGGAGCAUACCAUGAAUUUCUCCUCACCUAAAGCUUUUUCAAAUGUGGAUCAGGGUGCCCGCGUAGUCAGGGCAGAAUCAUCAGCAAGAAGGCGGCAUCGCUCAGAGACAUUUGUUGCCCCUCCAACUCAUCCCCUUUCCCCCUCUGCUUCCCCUUCCCCUUUUCCUGAAACGCCACAUAGUGGUCUACAACGACAGCAAGGAUUAGAGGGCAACCUUUGGUCUAAUAAUCAGCCACCCUCUCCAAAGUGUGCCAGCCCUGGAGCAGCAACUCUUCCUGCCGCUCAGGGAUCUUCUCUAACCCUGGAGCAAGGCCUGAACUACAUUGAUUUAGACUUGAUCAGUAAGGAGAAUCAAACAAGUGUGGAUGGACCUUCUGGCCCACACUCAUUUUUCUCUCCUGUAGUGGGAGGGUUGACUGGUGGAUUGGGUGGAGCAGGAGGUAACACCACCUCCAGCAUCAACACAUAUGCCAGCAUUGAUUUCAUCAAAUCGGAUGAAUUAAGAGUUCAUCAAAGCAACAGGAAGGACAGCAAAGAUUGUUAAUGUGCUCCAGCAUUCGGACCAGUCAACGUCUGUCCUUCCUGUGAGAGAGAGAAAGCGGUUCAUCUCUCCCUGCACUUGAUGUGCUUUGAAAAAUGGUGCGAUUGCCCACAACCCUCAACAGUGGAAACUUAACUGCCCUUGCCUCAUAACAACAUUUGCUCUCAUUAUUUCCCAUCGGUUCAAUCAAAAUAAAAUUUGUGCCAAAAGACGAUCCAUCAUUUCUGCCAGAGAUCACCGAGAUGGACGUGCCCUUAUGAAGGGCCAAUGCGACUCUGACUGCCAACCGGGAGCCAAUGAUAUUCUUUUUAUCCUCUACCACAAACUUUCAAUUAUUGUAAAAGAGAUGUUCUAUAGUAUAAUGAUAGAUGAAGAAUAUAUAGCAGACAUAAUAUUACUGAGAAUAAAUCUUAUCUAUCGAUCUUAUAAAUAUAUAAAUACAACUUUUUUAUAAAAGUGCCUCAUUUUUGAUUGUAGCCAUUUUUACACAGGUCUCAAUGUGCUCUGUAAAAGACAAAUGCUUUCUCUUUGUUGUUGUUUUUCUUUCCCAUUCCUUUGUGUUUGCUAUGCUGAACAAAGUCGAAAGACAGAGUGUGAAGAAAAACUAUUGGAUGGAUGCAAGUUGUUUUUUUUAUUUUUGCUAUGGUUUGUAAUCAGAUUGCCUUACUGUUCUCGAUUUAUCUUUGUGUGUGUGUGUGUGUUUAUGUGUGUG